AAUCAGGGAAUUUCGCAAACAUCAUGGUAGUCGCAUCGUUCAGUGUACGUACGUACAUACAUACGUACAUAGGUAUGCGACGGAGUCGUCUACACGCUUUGAUUAUCAUCGGCGACGUAAUCAUACCAUUGAGAAUAGUAUCUAUUCUCAAUGAUCAUACCAUCGUAAUCAGUGAUCGUAAUCAUAGCUUGUAGAGCAGGCAUAAGAGAUAUAUGGGCUGCGCUCGUCCCAGUACAAAACAAAUCGAAAAGUCACCGAUAGUUCGAAAGGUAGCACAAAGCUGUGGGCGUCGGCCGAAGAAUAAUCUUUAGUCAACGCUUUGAGCAAUCAUGAGUUUAGUUCCAUGCUGUCUAAGAUCAGUGAUCCUGGCAAAUAGUUAUUCAUGCACAUCAGUGAUUAAUUCGGUUCGCACAAUCAUCAAUGCCAGAAAGUACAUCGUUUCUGAAUACUUCCAAGGAGAACCAAAGCGCUCAGAUUUGACAUAUGUUGAGGAACAAUUACCUGCUCUGAAAAAUGGAGAAUAUCUUGUACAGGCAGAGUACUUAUCUGUUGACCCCUACAUGAGGCCAUAUGUUUAUCGCUUCCCGUUAGGAACUACAAUGAUCGGAUCUCAAGUUGCUAGAAUAGUGGAAUCGAAAAAUGAUAAAUUCCCAGUCGGCAAACUUAUCGUUGGUAAUCUUGGCUGGCGAUCACACACAAUUGUGGGUGAAAAAUCAAAUAGCGGUUCAAAUGACGUUCCAUACAUUAUACCCAAUUUUGGCAGUCUACCUCCUUCACUUGCCCUAGGAAUGUUGGGCAUGCCAGGGAACACUGCAUAUUUCGGGUUUAUCGAGAUCUGUCAACCUAAGGCUGGGGAAACAUUGGUGGUAAGUGGCGCAGCUGGGGCAGUUGGCUCACAUGUCGGGCAGAUUGGAAAAAUUCUUGGUUUGAACGUCAUUGGAAUUGCUGGGACCGAUGCGAAGUGCAAGUGGCUCAAGGAAGAGUUAGGAUUUGAUCAUGCCAUUAAUUACAAAAUUCAGGAUAUAGCUAGCGCUUUGAAAGAAGCAGCCCCAAACAAAGUGAACUGUUAUUUUGAUAACGUUGGAGGUGACAUCUCUAGCAUUGUCCUGAAUCAGAUGAACAAUUAUGGUCGAAUCUCCGUGUGUGGAUCUAUUUCUGUGUACAAUGAAAACUUAAAAGCUUUGCCAAAAAGCCCGGUUAUUCAACCAGCGUUAGUCUUUGCCGAAUUAAAAAUGGAAGGGUUUAUAGUGCACCGUUGGAUGAACCGUUGGUUUGAAGGUAUUGAACAGAAUCUGAACUGGAUACAAGAUGGCAAGUUAAAAUGGUAUGAAACAACCACCGAUGGAUUUGAAAACAUGUUUGAUGCCUUUGUAGGAAUGUUGCAGGGAAAGAAUACCGGAAAAGCUAUCAUCAAAGUCUGACUAAAUAAUUUUUAUACAUUUGUGAUAAAUAUUUACUUGAGACUGGA